AUGACAAUUUACGAAGAAAAUACCUACAAAUCUCGCGAUCCCUACGUUGGUAUGUUUCAGCAAAGUGUCGGUCCCGGACUGAAAAAGAAUUUCGAAGAAGGAGUUGAACUCAUGAUCGUCCGAAAAUUUGCGUCAACCCCUGAUAUUACGCGAGUACUCACCUCAUUAGUCAUGGAUAGAUCCGAAAGGGCAUCUCGACAAAAUUGA